CAUUAACUUAGCUCCACCGUCUCCAAGCUAAGCUACCCCAGCCCAAGCCCAAACCUGACUUUGCCAGCCCUGUCUUGUUUCGCUCACUUUCAGUGCCAGCCUCUCUCUCUAGGUCAGGCCUUUUAGCCGUUGUCGUCCCAGCCAAGGCAUUAAGUUACUCUUCUGUCUUCUUUCCAACCUCGUGUCCCGUCCAUCCUCGGUUGCAUUGCAUUGCAUUGGAUCUACGCAUUCUGCGGCAAUAAUACUCACUUACUCCUCAGAGUCCGACUCUUCCGAUAAUAACACAAUCAUCUGAUCUACUACGGAUACUCCUUUGUUACGUAGCUCAUCAUCGCAUGCGAACUCAGCUUGUCUACCUCCGAAUCUCGACCGACCCCUCUCGCUCAACCAAGACCGCCAUGCGCAUCACGUCCUCGAGCGAUUAAUCCUAUAAUUAAUUCACCACCUCCCUCAUCCGCAUCUAUACAUAAUUACAGUACUCCUUUGCGCUGCCCAUCAUGGAGGAUAUGGCCAGGGCCGAGUAUCCCGCCAUGCUGGCAACUCUUCAGCCCAGCCAGGCGGUGCAGACUCUUACCGAACGAAUGAAGCGCAUGUCCCGCGUCAACACCGAAAUUGCCGACUGGCUCCAGGAGCGCCGUCGCGUGGAGGAUCAGUACGUGCAGGGCCUCAAGAAGCUUGCUACCUUCAAGGUUCCCAAUUCUCAGUCUGAGCUAGGUGUGUUCCAAGCGCCGUGGAAUAGGAUCAUCGACUCGACGGAAAACAUCGCCCACUCGCAUCAUCAGCUUGCCGAUCGCAUCGAGAGAGAUAUCGAGCAUCCGCUGCGCAAUUUUGCCAACCGCAAAGAUGUCCAGAACAUGAACACCAUGUCCAGCAACCUAACGACUAUGGCUAAGGACCUCGAAGAGUCCCAGAAUCAGGUCGAUAAGCUCACCAAGAAAGGAGGCCGUGCAAACACUUCAAAGGUCGAUGCAGCUUCUUCCAAGCUCGAAUCUGCUACAGGACAGUGGGAAUCGCAGGCACCCUUUAUCUUCGAAUCUCUUCAGGCCCUCGACGAGUCACGAGUGAACAACCUUCGUGAUCUUCUCACACAGUACCAGACCCACGAAUCCGAUUCAGCUGGGCGUGUGCAGGAGAAUGCUAUGGAGACUCUUGCUCUGAUGCUCGAAAUCGACACGGAAAAGGAGAUUCAGUCAUUCGUUCAUAGGGCUACGGCUGGCAAGGCGAAGCUUCCUACAAGGACAUCAACACGGCAGUCGUCUUUCGCAGGCACAACUCCUUCGACACCAGUUCCUCCAAGCACUGCUGAUAGCACCAAUUUGCCUGCUCCAAGCGCUCACACAUCGUCUCCUGCGCCUGUUCCAGCUCCCGCCUCUUCCCACGCAGGCGAUGAUGAUAUCAGCGAAAACAACUCGGUUCCACAAGAGAAGCCAGGUGGUAAAUUGCGCCGCCUCGGUACCAUGUUCGGUGGACGCAGGAGACAGAGCAUGCACGCCGGUUUCGGCCAACUCUCUCCCGGAAAGCUAGGCCCCAGCUUCGGACGAUUGGGAACCAGUCACAGCCAAAAUGACCGCGGUGUCUCCCCUCGAGGCUCCUCCAACAACCUCGCAGAGCACCACCGAUUGUCCUCUCUCGCAGAAACUCCCGAUGUGCCCAAGCUACCCAAUAACGAGACUGACUCACCCAGGCCCGAUGCCUCGCAUGAGAACACGAACGGAGUGUCGCACAACGGAAAUCUGCUCGACAGCCCGAUCCCACAAACGACUGGGGGUACAGUCAACGGUAACCAUGAACCCGAUCUGUCAGAUGUCCAGCCUCCUCCUGGUCCUCCGCCGUCGCACAAGCAGGAGAACCAAUCCCCCGCGCCGCAACAGCUCGCAACCAAGGAUGCUGAAGGAUUUACCGUUCCACCACCAAUGAACGACCCUAUCUCUGAGGCUCAGCGUGAAGCUAAGGAAUCUGGCGAAGACCCUGACCAGCUUCUCAAGGUCAACAUUCAACAGACACCUGUGGAGGACGAAGAUCCAGAAGCCAAAAUGGCUGCUCUUUCUAGCGUCGCCAACAGCCUCAAGCUUGGGCCGGCCACUCGUCGUAGUGGUACGGUGAGAGGACGUCGUGACGUGCGCCAUACUAUGUAUGUGCCACCGCCCAACCUCCCUGAGAGCGGUACAGAUUCGUCCCUGAGCGCUAGGCCAACAUCUCCAUCUUUCGCACAAUCCCUUUCCAAGAGCAGUGCAGUUGCAGCCUUGGCAUCUGAGGCUAGCAUUGCUGGUACUUCAGAUACGCAGUCUGUGCGGUCAGGCAACUCAUUGGGUGGCCUGAACCACCCUCAGCAUGCGCAUAUGACUGCUCCAGGACUGAACACGUCCAUCAUUGAGAGUGUUUCUGCUACAUUUGAAGAUGGUGUCGUCAAGUCUACAACUAUUACUGGCGAGGUUGCAUUCGUCAACAACCCCAGUGACUCUGGUGAUGCGAAGAGCUACGAGACUAUCCGCAUUAACAACUUUUCGGCCCUUGAGCGCAUCGGACCGAACCGCAUUUUUGUGCAGAACUCAUCUCCUGACCAUAACGAUCAGUUCAACCUCGACGUAUCUCACCUCACCAAGAACGCAACCGCAUUCUCAUACCGAGUAUUUUCCGAGGACUCCGAAACCCCUACGCUGGGCGAGCAUGCUCCUCUCUCCCUCAAACCCGCAUGGAAGCCCCAAGGAGACAAACUCGGCCUCUUGCUUCAGUACCAGCUCAACCCAUCCUCAAAGCUCACCGCCCCAGUAACACUACACAACGUUGUCAUCGUCGCGACCUACGAAGGCAAAUCCAGCGGCGCCCAAACAAAGCCCGUAGGAACACACCUCAAGGACAAACACCUUGUGUACUGGCGCAUCGGCGAUCUCACCCUCACCACCGAACCUCACAAGAUCGUCUGCCGCAUCAUCGGCGCAGAAGGUGCAGAGCCUAAACCUGGCCACAUCGAAGCACGCUGGGAACUCACGGCCACAGGCGAUCAAGUCAUCGGCAGCGGUAUCUCCAUCUCCAGACUCGACGAGGGCAAGGGUAAAGGCAAAGAUGUCUCCGAGGACGAUCCCUUCGCAGACGACACCGCUAGCACAGAACACAAGUGGGUUGACGUACCUAUCUCGAGAAAGCUCGUCAGCGGUAAAUAUGAAGGACGGUAGUGGGUAGUGUUGAAUAAUUUUCACGUGCAUGGAUAGAAAAGACAAGAUAUUUGCCAUAUCUUGGCGGCGCAUUGAAUAGCGAGCGUAUGGGGCUAGUUCCUGGGGUGAACUUUUCACUCUUCUUCAUUUUGUUACCCAUCUUCAUCUUUUUCUUUAGUAUAAUUUUCUCUUUGUAUGCGUAUUUGUAUGUUAAAAACCACACCUAGGGAGGAACAGAAAGUAGGCUUAUAUGUAUGGAGCUGAAAGAAACAGAACCAUGAUGAAUCAUAAAAAAGGACAAUAUGUCCAGAUUCUUUUUGCUACUUCGCUGCCUCUAUACUAAUUCCUUUUUGUCCUUAUACUCCAAAACCGUGGGACAUAAAAAGGUGACAUGCUUUUAAUAUACAGAAAUGAUCACGCCUUUUUGCUCUUUUUACUAUCUUGGUCCUUCUUAUACUUUGAAUACUUCUCCCCUAGAUAACGCCACGUUCUCGAGAAUCCGCCCAUCAACAAGCCCUUGAUACUUUGCACGGUACUUGGCCAGUUUACCGUUUGCUUAAUAACGAUGCGCACCGUUUCGUUGAGUUUCUGGGCGUCGUCUGUGGCGAUGCGGCGCUCAAACUCUCCGCCUUGCAUCUUUUUAACGGCGCCGCCUUCUUCGUCCGUUGAUGCCUUCAUGAGCUCGUUGAACUCUCCGCGGGGAAUACCGAAACGUCUUUGGUACUGGAAGUAUAGACGUGAUCGGAAGGUCUGGGGGAGUCGUCUGACCAUGUUACCGCGGCGAACGGGGUCCAUGUCUUGUUGGAGUUUGUUGCCCGCUUCGGGGUUCAUGAUCCAGUCUGUGUCGUCGAUGCGGCAAGCGCCUGUGAAGUCGACAUUUGGAAGGGUCUUGACAAGGGGGGCGUAGAGACGACGGAAGUGAAUGAUGUUGUUGUCGACAAUGUUUGUGACCUUGCUCUUGUUCUCUGUUGGGAGAGCCAUUCGUGGAUCGCCUAGAUAGCUCAGACCUGCUAUGGUGCUGUAGAGUUCAGCUUCUGUGAACUGUGGUGGGAGGAGAAGAAGAGCUGUUCGAACAGCGGCGAUGAGGUUAUGUUGGUUGGCGAGUCGGACACGAGGAUGGUCGCGGAGAAUCUUGACGGGCUUUUGAAGACGACCAGCGAGGUAUAGACUAUCCCAUGAAGAAAGGUCGCGAACGAGGUUAUCGAUACUUGUGACGCCGUACUUGAUGAGCAUACCGUUGACCUCGACGUAUGGAUUGAAGUAAACGCCAGCACCCCAGUUCUGCACACGCGAUACAACACCCGAGCCUAGCGAAGCCAGUCCCGAAUAAUGAUUCCUAUGUUGCUUCAUAUUGAUCGAAUGCCAAUGCUCAACAUGCGAUACACCAAAGAUAAAGUCCAGCACUUUCGGCGAUCCCUUCUGCGACUUUAUAAGCGCCUCCGGUGGAUUCGGAUGCACAGCGCGAAAGUCUGAUUCCGAAAUACUAGCCUUCGAAGGGCUCUGCGGAAAGACACCAGAACCGUAGGCAAAGCAGUACAUUAUCGGCGCAUUAAACUGCCGCAGCAUAAGGCGCAGAGCUUCCUUGAGCUCAUAGUUGAUGAUCAUGUGUUGGUUCGCGCCGAAGAGUCGAUGUGGCAGGUCAGCGAAGGACUUGAUGGGUGUGUCGAGGUCUUCCCAUUCGCUGCUGAAGACAUUGAGUUUACUGCUUGGUGUUGAGGACGCGCUGCUUGCGAUGGAUUCGUCAGAGCUUGAGCUUGAGCUUGAGGUGGGGGUUUUCGUUGAGUUGGAGUAGUAUCGUGUGUAUUGUGUUGGAGGGAUUUGUCGUAGGUGGGAGGAUCGGAGGUAUAUGACACGGGUGGUCACGGAGGACUGAAGAUAUUAGAGGACGGCGGAGAGGUAGGGGGAUAUAGAGCUUACCCGGAGGCCAAUUGAGGCCAUUGUUGAAGAUGUGAGUUCUCGGCAGGUGAUGUGAGGUUGAGUUCAAGGUUGAAAGCUUGAGAGGUUGUAAGAAAUGAUGUUACAGCUGAAGCUCUCGGUGCCAAGGUCGUUAGCUGCCGCGGAAGCUUCGGUUGCAUUCACCCAAGAACAAGAAGAGCUACAAACAAGCGCAAGCAAAAAGGAACGAAUAAAACCGUCGUCAUUCACGAGUCGACGUCAGUGGAGCUCGGUUUUGUAAGCGGAUGGAUCGCAAACUCGACUUCGG